GCCCGGUUCCGCUCCCGCAGAAGCGGAAGUGGAUCCGCCCGAGCCUGUGGUGUAGCCGGCGGCCCCUCAGUCUCGCAGCGCUCGGCCCAUGGCCGCCUACUCCUACCGCCCGAGCCCCGGCCCCGGCCCCGGCUCUUCCGCGGGCGCCGCGCUGCCGGACCAGAGCUUCCUGUGGAACGUCUUCCAACGGGUGGACAAGGACAGGAGCGGCGUGAUAUCGGACAGCGAGCUGCAGCAGGCGCUCUCCAACGGCACGUGGACUCCAUUUAAUCCAGUGACUGUCAGGUCAAUCAUCUCCAUGUUUGACCGGGAGAACAAGGCUGGCGUGAACUUCAGCGAGUUCACUGGCGUCUGGAAGUACAUCACGGACUGGCAGAACGUCUUCCGCACCUACGACCGGGACAAUUCUGGGAUGAUUGACAAGAACGAGCUAAAGCAAGCACUCUCAGAUUGUGGAGAUCCUGUGUCUUACCAUCUAGCCUGUCCCUUCUCACCUGGGCAGCCAUGGCCGUCUCCUCUCUGCAGCCUAUGUGGGCACUGCCCUGGCACCAGGCCCCAUGCCCAGCCCACACCAGCUGGGCCUCUUCCCCACAGGCACGGUGUGGGGUGUGAGGAGCCAGGACUCCUAGGUGCCUGUCCAGGACCUGCUUCUCUUUUCUGACUAGGUUGGGAGUCUGUCAUCUACUCAGCUUGCAGGGAAGCGGGCCUAGGUUUAAGUCACAGAGGCUUGUAGCAUGUGCUGACUGCUCUGGAAGGCACUGUCAUGUGCUUGCAUGUUGAAUCUUUUUCGGUGAUUAAGUGCUCAUGCAGGUGAUUAACUGAAAUUCACUCAGAUAGUAGGUGUGUAUCCUUGCAAAGAUCCACUGGGGCUGAGAACUGAUAAGCAGGCUCUGGUACAUGCUUGUCUUCUGCAUGAGCAAGGAUCCACGGUCACACAGGAAGGGUGCAGAGGGAAGGUCAGCAUCCCCGUGUAGUGGGGUCACCCUGGAGACCUUCUCAGGACUCACAUACCAAGUUGGAAAUGGAGUCAGCGAGUCUGCCUAACAUUUGAUGACCCUUCAGUGGUUUUGAAUUUCAUGAGGCUGCCUUGCCCCUUGUAAUCUCCCAUUUCCUGAUGUUGAAUGGAUUUACAGGGGAGUGCCCAUCUAGGAACCUAGUUCGUUAAUUCACCUUUUGUUUAACAGGAAGCCUUCAGUGAUAAGCCCUUUCAAAGCACUCUCUAGUAGCAAGUUCCUGGGCAGUUCAAUUACCAAGAACUUUCAUGUCUCAGUUAAUAAGCAUAAUAAAGUUCAUCAGUAGAGGACUUUGUGAAACGGUAACUCCACUGCAUUCAAGAAACUGAUCCCAGCUGUCCUGUGGAGGCACAGCCCCAUAGUAUGAAUGUAGGUGAUGUGCACGGGUGAUGAGUGUCCACACCUCAGCUCCUACAGCAGCUACUGCUAUCUUCACUCAGUCACUUUGCUGCCUGGAAGAGGGCAGUUACAAAGUGCAUGACUUUGUGCCUAGGGUGCGUGUACAUCAGUGUGCCUGUUUGCCACUGCCUGAUCAGUCACCUGCUGUUGUGGGAGGCUCUGGGUGUUUUGGUGGGAGACUGUUGAUGGUGUUGCUCUCCUGACCCCUCUUCAUUCUGAUUUGCAUC